CAGAUGAGGUCUACCUGCUAUUGGACAGAAUAGUCAAUAGUGUGAAUUUACAUAUGCCAAUCUGAAUUCCUUGUGUGCAACAGUGCUAUUGUGCAUGCUCCUCUAGUGCCGUGUGCUGGCUGUGUGCCUUCCUUAGGCAGUCAAUUUAUAUUCAGGUCACAGCAAGUCUGCAACAAUGGUCUAUUUUUAGACGCAUUGCAGCGAAACAUGCUUUUGCCAUUCUUCACAGGGCGAAUUGGCAACGGAUGUAGUGGAUUUAGGGGAUGAGAUGGCUGGAUUCUUCAAGGCAAUAAAUGAAAUAUUUCUUUUGCAUCCCAGCUGUCUCCAGAGGAGGAAGAGAAAAAGAGGAUAAGGAGGGAGAGGAAUAAAAUGGCUGCAGCAAAGUGUCGCAACAGACGGAGGGAACUCACGGACACGCUGCAAGCUGAGACAGACAAGCUGGAAGAGGAAAAGGCAGCCCUGGAGACAGAAAUAGCCAACCUCCUCAAAGAGAAAGAGCGGCUUGAAUUCAUCCUCGCCACCCAUAAACCAGUGUGCCAGAUGUCAGAAGAGUUGGAGUCUAUUUUCCAGGAGCCCACAGGAUCCCCAGACCUCUCGCCCAGUCCAGAUGAGGACAGACUUCCAGAGGAUGGCACCCAGGAAGCUCCCUCGCUCCAGGACAUGGACAUCCCCAGUGAUCCGUCCACAGCCAUCUCUGGGAACUCCAAUAUCUUGCUGUGUGCCAGCGCUGAAAUCAACAUCUGCGAUCUUGAGCCCUCUCUGGACAUUAAGGAGGGGCUACUGGAAAAUAUGUUACCCAGUUUGGAGGAGAAAACCCCCAUGGAAACGGCCCGAUCUGUGCCAGACAUAGAUCUGAGCAGUUCUCUUGGGGUUUCGGACUGGGAGACCCUGUACAAGUCUGUUUCCAGCGACCUGGAGCCUCUCAGCACUCCUGUGGUGACCUCCACUCCCACCUGCAGCAGCUACCUGUCUGUGUUCACAUUUGCCUGUCCUGAGCUAGACUCUCUCACAGAGGGACUUGACAGCCAUAAAGGUGGAGGGGGCAAAGCCGAAUCAGUUGAUAUCCUCAACUCUCCAACUCUCUUAGCCUUAUAAUGCACAAAGUGAUCUGUGUGAUCUCUCUGUUUAUCUCUGUCCUGCAGGUUGCUGACUUUGAAAUGAUACCAACAACAUAUGCCACAAUAUGCUGUAACACUUCAAGGAAUACAUUCAUGAAAUGUCUUGUGUGUGACUUAGCAAACAUAUAAACUUUCUCCAGAUACAUAGCCAACAGAGUGAUGUAGCUAAAAGCAUGGCUUUUACUUUUACAGAAGGGACUGAAGUCAAGUUUUGAUUUUAAAAAACGCAUGCUGAGAAAUUCCAAAUAAUUUUCAAAAACGUAUAUAUAUCUGAUCUGUUACUAGAUCUGAGAUGUAAUGUGGAAUUUAAUGUUACAGUAUGGUUUUUGUGUUUGGUUGUUAAUAGUGUAUUGAUUGCGGUAAAUGUUGUAUUUACAUAUUCAUCCAUGUUAAGUACCUGCAUACCUCAAUGUCAUCAACUGUGGUUUUGACCUCAUUGAAAGUUUUCCAUGAAAACAUCCAGUGCUAUAUACUAUAUAUAAAUAUAUAUAUAUUAAUAUAUCU